AUGGAGGCCAGACUGUUGGUUUGUGGCGUCAUGCUUGUGGUCUUAGCAGUUACAGGAACCAAUGCACACAUGUCAGAUGGAACCAAUGCACACAUGUCAGAUGUUUGUGGCACUACGCCGCUCAACACCAGGAUCGUAGGAGGGGCGGAUGCUCCUCCCGGGUCGUGGCCCUGGCAGGCCAGUCUGCAGAGCAACGGAUCUCAUUUCUGUGGAGGCUCCCUGAUCAACAACCAGUGGGUCCUGACUGCUGCUACCUGUUUCUCCAGCACCUCACCCGGUCUCACCGUUAACCUCGGUCUUGACUCCCUGAAUUUGUCGAAUACAGACGCGAUGUCCCGGACUGUGUCCCAGAUCAUCAAGCAUCCCAACUAUAACACCACCACGAACGAUAACGACAUAGCCUUGCUGAAGCUGUCCUCACCUGUUAACUUCACCGACUACAUCAGACCCGUGUGUCUGGCGGUGGACGGCAGCGUCUUUAACAACGGGACGACCUGCUGGGUCACCGGAUGGGGAGACAUCCAAACUAACGUUUCACUUCCUUUCCCAGAGAGGCUGCAGGAGGUGAGCGUUCACAUCGUGUCCAACAGUGAUUGUAACGUUACCUACGGUGGUAAAAUCAAAAACAACAUGAUCUGUGCUGGUGUGACUCAGGGAGGAAAUGGCACCUGUGACGGGGAUUCAGGAGGCCCGUUGGUGACUAAAAACGGCUCUGUCUGGGUCCAGGCCGGAGUGGUGAGUUUUGGAGGAGGCUGUGCCCUGCCUAAUGUCCCAGACGUCUACACCCGAGUGUCCCAGUAUCAGUCCUGGAUCGACAGGCAGAUCAGCAUCUCUGGAGCCGCCCACCUGGUUCCCCUCUCGGUUCCUCUGCUGCUGUCCAUCGUGCCUGUUCUCGGGGAUUCAGGCGGCCCGCUGGUGACUAAAAACGGCUCUGUCUGGGUCCAGGCUGGAGUGGUGAGUUUUGGAGGAGGCUGUGCCUUGCUGCCUAAUUUCCCAGACGUCUACACCCGAGUGUCCCAGUAUCAGUCCUGGAUCGACAGGCAGAUCAGCAUCUCUGGAGCCGCUCACCUGGUUCCCCUCUCAGUUCCUCUGCUGCUGUCCAUCGUCCCUGUUCUCGUCUCCUUCUCUGUCCUUUAG